AGCUAAUGCGCCCUUUGAUUCUUAAAAUAUUUUGAAUUAAAAUUAUAAGCAAAACAAUUCAUUUGAAUUGUGAUUUCCUGCCGACUGUAGCUACGUGUAAAUAAAUAUUUGUUCACAAAAAAAAGAUUCAAAUUAGGGAAGAGUGAUUGCCAAUAUUGUAUAUGUACUUAAAAUGUAUAUUGUGAUUAAAAACCUUGUCCGAUUCUUUCCACUCUUGAAUUUUACCUUGAAUAACCACUAGAUUAUAAGUUUAAUUUGAUAACACAGAAAUUCCUUACUCUUUGUUCACUAGAAUCACUACUGACAACUGACUGGUUUGUUUUGGUUCUCUCUUUGACGUCCUCAUCUUCCGUGUUCUAAAUUAACUUAUGCGUUCAAGAAUCAACUAAGAAUGAUCAUACCUCUUUAAGACACUGAAAUAUUUCAUCAAAAGGUGAAGACAGGAUGUCCUCGAUUAUCCUUGGAUUUUUGCUAAUCUUCUCGACAACUUCUCAAAGCAACUCAUUAUCAGAUGAAGACUCGUAUAUUUUACAAGAAGGAGAUCAGACUAAAAUUGAUAGAUGUUCAUCAACCGUGAGAUGGCUGGUUUUUGGUCAUGUUCUUCAACAAUACAAUACUACAAACGAACGUUUGAAGAAUUUCAAUGUUUUAGAAAAUUCAACUUUAAUCGUUACAAACAAUAGAAAUAAUUCACUUCAAGGACCUGUUAAUGUAACAUGUAUCUCUAGUGGAAAUGGAACGAACAGAACAUUUGAAAUCAUCUUCAAUAAAGCUCCAAAGAUUCUUCCUGUCAAGAGAACGACUAUUAAUGUCGUAGAAAAAAUGGUUACAGCAGUUUGGUUACCAUGUGUUACCACAGGUUUCCCUAAACCAAACAUUACUUGGUUGUAUAGUGAUGAAAGAAUUACUCAGUCAGAUAAAAAAAUAGUGAAUACUCAAUUUCAGUUUUUUGAUGGAAGUUCUGUGUCAUAUGAAGUUUUUGAAAAUGGAUCGCUACACAUUCUUAAUCCUUACAAUAAAUUAGCUGUUCCUCAUGAAAGUUUUACUUGUGAAGCGUCGUCUCCUCUUGGAACAGUAAAUUUAACUUACGACUUCAAUAUUGGAAUGAUGAGGAACAUUACGUUUGCAGUAACGUUAAAGAACUCAAGUCAAGUGAAUUUGCUUUCUUCAUUAAUUCAUCAGAUAUCAGACCUCGGGAAUAAUAAUUUCAUUAUCUUAUCAGCAAACAUAGUCUCCAUGAAUUUAAGCUCUUAUACUGUGACGUUCGCUCUUGCUUGGUUGGAUGAAAGUCCUAGAAGUACUCCUCCUGAUGAAAAUGCAGUCAAUGCAGCCAUUGCAGCCGUUGCAGCCGUUGCAAGAAUUGUUCAUACAACUUUAUCAAAUCUAAACAUUGAUUUAGUCAACUUCAUCAUGAACGCUAAGCCUGGGCCGGUGACUGACCUUACAGUCACAGAUGUCUCUGAGAAAACUAUAUCACUGAAUUGGAAGCAUCCGCAAUUUUUCAAUAUCGAUAGUUACAGCGUUUUUGUUCUUGUCAACGGCAUGGCGUCUCGAAGAAAUUCGGUGCUUUAUCCUCACAACAGCUCAACCCUCACUAAUCUUGAGCCUGGUACAAAGUAUCGGAUACAAGUUAGGCCCAGUAAUAGUCAUGGUGAUGGAACAUUUUCCGAAGUAGUCCAGGCCGAAACAGACGAUGAAGGACUUUCUGCCGUUUGGAUUGCUGUCAUUGUUGUGCUUGUCCUCCUCAUAAUAAUUGCUGUUAUUCUUGGUGUGUUUUACUAUCGUAGAAAACCUGAAGUUAUUGAUGUGAUAGAGCUUAACGAUGAGAAUCCUUACUUUUUUUCCUUACCUGGUAUUCAAAUGCAAAACAUCUACGAACAAAACAACAUGACGAAUAUCUCAUUUGUAAACGAUGAUCUUGAGCAGAAAGAAUUAGUGAAUUUCUCUUGGUGUGAGAUCGAUCGCGACACACUUACAAUGCAAGCAGAUUUAGGUAAAGGAGAGUUUGGUGUUGUUAAGAAAGCAAUUUGGUUAAAUGAAGGUACACAAACUCCUGUUCCUGUUGCCGUUAAAACAAUCAAAGAAAAUUCCACCGAAGAAGAGAGAAAGGAAUUUUUAAAAGAAUUAAAACUUAUGUCAGAUGUCGCUGAUCAUCCAAACGUGGUCAAAAUGCUUGGAGCGUGUUCAAAAGGAGGUCCGUUGUGGAUAGUCGUUGAAUUAUGUGAAAAUGGGAAUCUCUUAAGUUUCUUGAAAUCCCAUCGUGUGGAAAUGUCUGAAAGAAGAGGAGAUUUUAAGACUUCUCUGGAAACAUUUAUGCGUGUCAGGAUUGCUUGUGAUAUUUCAAAAGGAAUGCGGUAUUUGGAACAAAAAAAGAUUGUUCAUCGCGAUUUGGCUGCAAGGAAUAUCCUGUUGGGGAAAAACAAAAUAGCGAAAAUUGCCGAUUUUGGUUUAUCGAGAGAUAUUUAUGAAUCAGGAGCGUAUUUAAAGAAAACUGGGGGUAAACUUCCUGUAAAAUGGAUGGCUAUUGAAUCAAUAAAAGAUGCUGUUUAUGACUCAAAAAGUGACGUUUGGUCUUUUGGUGUAACGUUUUGGGAGAUAGAAGCCGCCGGGGCUUCACCAUACCCAGGAAUAGGUGGUAGAGAUGUUAUGUUUUAUCUACUGAAUGGCAAUAGAAUGGCUAAACCUUCUGAAACUCCUACUGAAAUUUAUAAACUGAUGCUGAAGUGUUGGGAAGCGAAUCCUAAAGAACGACCAAACUUUGAAGAAAUUGAGUUGUAUCUUCAACAAUAUCUGGAGCAAAAUGCGGAUUAUCUACCAGUGGUUAAUAUUAAUGGUGAAUGUGAUCCUAACGCAUACGCUAACUACAUGAUGGAAGUAGAAGAUGAAGAGAACGAAGCUCAAGCAUAAGGUCUGUUAUAUAAAUUACAAACAUAUAAUACUAUCACUGAUAUUGUUUUAGAAGAACGAGAAGUAUUACAUUUAUUGUGAUAACAUUGUAGCUGUGUAUGCAUUUUAGAAUAAUUUUUAUAACUUUUUUUUGUCAUGAUUGAUUUAAAGUUCUACAAUCCUUGUAAUCAUGGUGUUCAAAGAUCGUCAAUCGCCUAAAACAAUUUACCAUUACGCCCUGCGUAAUAUCAAUGUACAUCGUUACAACCACUAAUUUUUUUCUAUUCAAGCAGUAAUUUUUUUAAGAUAAAUAUACUUAUUCUUUACUUGUGGACAAAAACAAUGACAAAAGUAAAAAAAAUAACACUAUAACAGUGCAAAUAA